AUGGCCAGCGUCAACAUUCGCCGUGAUGUCACGGAUCCCUUCUACCGCUACAAGAUGGAGCGUCUCCAAUCCAAGAUCGAGGGCAAGGGUAACGGCAUCAAGACCGUGGUCGUCAACUUGUCCAACGUUGCCGACCAGCUCGCCCGCCCACCCAGCUACGUGAUCAAGUACUUUGGCUUCGAACUCGGUGCUCAGACCAACAUCGACCCCAAAGACGACCGCUGGAUCAUCAAUGGUGCGCACGAAGCCUCCAAGCUCCAGGACUACCUCGACGGUUUCAUCAGCAAGUUCGUCUUGUGCAAGAGCUGCAAGAAUCCCGAGACUGUGGUGCACAUCAAGGACGGCGAGAUCACGCUCGACUGCAAGGCUUGCGGGCAGAUCCACAAGGCCGACCUGAGGCACAAGCUCUCUUCUUUCAUCUUGAAGAACGCACCGAAGAAGGGCAAGAAGGACAAGAGCACGAAAAAGGCUGAUCGCAAGGCACGCAAGGAAGCCGAACGCAAUGGCAUGGGCGGCUCUGACGACGAUGAGGAUGCCAAUGGCAAUGGACACCCAUCUCCAGGCGACAGUGGCUCCGAUCACGGUGACAAGAACGGCGACGUAGGCAACGACGCCGGCAGUGACGACGAAAUGACCCGCCGCAUCCAAAGCGAGGCCAAGGAGCUCGGCGAGCCAGAGCAGAAAGAGGUCGAGUGGAAGGUGGACAUGUCCGAGGAGGCCAUCAAAGCUCGUCAAGUUGCUGCCGAAAAGGACCUGCCGAAUGAACUGCGCAAUAACCUCAACAUCGAUGAUGAAGAGGGUGGCGGUUCCAACGCCUACGACGAGUUCGGCAAAUGGAUCGAGGAGAAAGCUAAGGAGGAAGGUGGCGUCACCAAAGUCAAGGACGUCGACAUCUACCUCAAGGCCAAGGAACUCGGGAUCGAAGCCAAACACCGCACCCCUGCCGUCCUCGCCCAAACCAUCUUCACCGAGAACAUCGUCAAGGAAAUCGAGCCCCGCGCCGCUCUCCUUAAGAAACUUACCUCCAUCUCCGACCGUCACGAAAAGGCCUUCCUAGGCGGCAUCGAACGCUUCGUGGGUGAGGUUCAUGAGAGUCUAACUGCGCAGGUCAGUGCGAUCUUGCUGAAGAUCUACGAGAACGACAUCGUGUCCGAGGAGACGUUGAAGAGUUGGGGUGGCAAGGCUAGUAAGAAGUAUGUGGAUAUUGCUAUCAGUAAGAAAGUGAGGAAGAGUGCUGGGCAGUUCUUGGAAUGGUUGGAGAAUGCUGAGAGUGAUGAUGAUGAGGAGGAUGAGGAUUAG